GAGCUCUGUCCUUAUGGUUUUGACACUGCGGGUGAAGGAGGAGAGGAUUACUGUCAUGGAGUCUUGUCUGAGUGGGAGACUGAUAAUGGGGAGGAUGUUAUCUGAAUGCAGCGAAGGCAGAGAAAGAGAAGUAAAGGAAGUGCGAUUGUAUCUGUUUCUUUGUAUAUCAGUGUGCAUUUUUCUCCUCAGUCGAUUAAACGCUGCUGUUCUGUGUAAAUUAUCUCAUGUAAUAAGAGCUCGUUCCCUGCUGCAGUUUGUAACUUUUCCCUUUUUGUGCCCUCAGCCCUCUGAGCUCUGAGGUUACGUCUUGGAGACUUUCCCAAACACUGAUGCGCAAUCUCCCAAAUAUCCAACCCCUCCUUUCAUACUCAUCCCGUCACAAUGUGGCUUCAGAGUUGAUUAUUUCUGCUUUUGUUUUUUGCUGGAGUAACUCUGUAUCCUCCCUGCUCUCUCUCUCUCUCUCUCCUACCAGCCUCUAAUUGGGUUUCAUCACCAUUUCCUUGCAGUUUUUUCCCCAGCUGACUUUGGGAGGAACAGCUUUCACUGGCUUCUCUUUAAAAGCCCUCAAACAUCAGCGGCAGCAGCAGCAGCAGCUCCAGAAGACUUUACUGCUGCACCGUCCGGCCUCACGCUGCGAUGACGUCACUCUGGCUCCUGCGCUCGCUCUUCCUCCUCCACGUGCACCUCUCCAGCCAGUUGGACGACAACAAGAUCCCUCCCGGUCUGUGUUCCGGUCUGCCGGGUAUCCCGGGCUCUCCCGGAGCUCACGGCGGCGUUGGUCAGCCGGGGAGGGACGGCAGGGACGGAAGGGACGCCGCUCCGGGGGAGAAAGGGCACAAGGGGGACGCUGGAGACCCAGGUGGGACAGGAGUGCGAGGCCUGACCGGAGACAGAGGGGACUCGGGAGAGAAGGGAGAGAGGGGGCAGGCGGGCGAGUGCGCGGUGGCCCCCAAAUCGGCCUUCAGCGCCAAACUCUCCGUGGGCCGCGCCCCGCCCCUCGCCGCGGGGGAGGCGGUCCGCUUCGACGAGGUCGCGGUCAACGAACAGGGCGACUACGACGGCGAGACGGGGCGCUUCACCUGCAGGGUGCCGGGGGUUUACUACUUCGCCGUCCACGCCACGGUCUACCGCGCCAGCCUCCAGUUCGACCUGAUGAAAAACGCACACGCGACGGCGUCUUACUUUCAGUUCCACGGCAACUGGCCCAAACCGGCGUCCCUGUCCGGCGGCUCGCUGCUGCACCUGGUCCCCGGCGACCAGGUGUGGGUGCAGAUGGCGCUGUCGGAGUACAGCGGGUUUUACUCCAGCACCAAGACGGACAGCACCUUCACCGGCUUCCUCGUGUACUCGGACUGGAAAAACUCUGCGGUGUUUGGUUCAUGAUCCCAUUUUGGGAAAAUGACCCGCGACCUGUUUUGUGUUUGUUUACUUGGGUUUUGCGUUUAAUAAGUUUAAAAGGUAAUGAGUAUAAAACGCCACGGUGGUGAGCCGUAAGGUACAUAAACACUGUUUAUUCAGUGUCUUUUCCUACAGGUGCAGCCUUCAACCUGCUGUGAGGCUUCAUUAUUGUAACAGAUUAUUGUGACAGUCAAUCAGACAGCUUUGUGUUGGUACUUUUUUUUGCCGUCAAUCUCUGCACAGCAAAUAUGAAAAAUACAUGAACCAUCUCAGUUUUUAAAAUACACAUGAAUGACGCAUUUUUUGGGCUUAAAUACAAUUUCACACGGAGGAGGUUAAUUUUACUGCAAUGCAUUAGUUGUACACAUUUCCAAUCCAAUAUUUGGGUCACUUUCUUGUAACAUGCCAGACUGUGCACGCACCGGCCAUUAACCUGCAUGCAAGAAUGAAAGCACACAGAUUAUUUACUAAAUGAACCAAUAAAACAGUUUGGAAACAUUG